AUGCUCUCUGCAAAUAUCUUUCUCCUGCUCUUCCACGCGGCAUCUGCGCUAAAAAAUCCAGUGAUUUCUGGCUGGAAUCCGGAUCCUGCUAUCCUACGAGUAGGAAAGGACUAUUACCUUGCAACGUCAACUUUUGAGUACUUCCCUGGCACUCCUAUCUAUCACUCAACGGAUCUGGCAAACUGGAAGCUCUAUUCCCAUGCUCAAACCAAUGCAGCCCAGGUGCAACUUUAUGGAGUUCCAACCGGUGCUGGUGUCUGGGCACCCACGCUUUCAUAUAUCAACGAAAUGUUCUACCUAGCUUCAAUGACGCGCUGGACAUAUGAUCCCGUCGCACGAGUGUGGCCUCGUGUAAUGUGGAUGAGCUCCAAAGAUCUCAUAACGUGGUCCGAACCGAUCUGGGCGGAGCCAUGGGGGAUUGACCCAGCGUUAUUUCAAGAUCCAGCGACCAAGAAGGUGUAUCUCAACCUAAUGGCGCCGAACAAUAACGUGGACAGGCUGUGGGGCAUAUAUCAGUGCGAGGUCGAUCUGAUGUCUGGGAUUUGUGUUGGGCAAUAUCAAGCGCUAUGGAAUGGAACAAUGCCAGUGAAUUCGACAGCACGUCCAGAAGGGCCAAAGAUGUUCUUGAAAGAUGGGUGGUAUUACCUGCUUAUUGCAGAAGGGGGAACUGACGAUCUGCAUCGCGCCUCGAUCGCUCGUUCGUCUUCACCACAAGGCCCAUUUGAGCCAGCGCCUAACAAUCCGCUCAUAUACAAUGGCCAGUAUGGCUUUGACAACCUUACCGUCCAAUCUACAGGUCAUGCCACAAUGUUCACCACCGAGCAGGGCGACUGGUACGCUACAUUCCUUGCGCGGAGGAAGAUCAAUAGCUCCUCACCCCUUGGCCGCGAAACAUUCUUCUGCAAGGUUGACUGGACAGCAGAUGGGUGGCCCGUGUUCAAUAAUGGCAAACCCAUCCUACUGAGCGAGGAUAUCCCAGGACUUCCCGAUGCAGUACCGAUCUCGAGAUUUGUGGAAGACUUUAGUGGGCGAAUUGAUAUGCAGUGGUAUCAGCUUCGAGUACCGUACACUAAGAACUACGAAAUCGACUCUCGCAAGGGCUUGAUCUUCCGGCCCAAUGUGUUUGGCUUGAGCGACCGUGACACUCCAGCAGCCUUGUUGCGGAAGCAGAAGUCGUUGAACAUGACUUUCACCGCCCGCUUGAUGGAUUUCCCGAAGCCAUUGGGACUUAGACAAAGCGUAGGGAUCAGUGCCUACCUCAGCGAGCUUCAGCAUCAAGAUAUCUACAUCGAAGGCUGUGCCAACUCUACAGGAAAUUGCCUUGUCACCUGGCUGAUUCGAAACGGGACGACAAGUAAAACUUCGUUGCCACUUAAUCGCACAUCACCUGGCGACAUCAGCUUGCAUAUUCGAGCCGAACCUCUGGCAUAUCACCUUGGGUUCAGCACCACCCAGGAGGCGGAACCAGUCUGGAUCACUUCUAUCGAAUCAAAGUGGCUGGCGUUCCCUCCCGCAGGUUACUUUGUCUUCACUGGUGCUUCAUUUGCCAUCUUUGCAUCUGGUGGAGGUGAGCCGUGGCAUUCAGACGGACAAGAGGUUGGAUUUUCGAGCGUGGUGGAGGAGUAUUUUGAGGAGAAGAUACCUGACUACGACAAGUGGUAG